AUUCAUGAUACUGUAGUUUGCGAAAUGGGUCACAGAGGCUGUAUUACGUUCGGUUAGUGAAACUGGGGGAGCCGAUUUCACACAUAUGGUUUGCGCUCAUUCUGCCUGGAUAACAAAGACUCGCUUCUUUUUCUCUGUGAUGAAGUAACAGGGUAUCUGCUUUAGCCCAGUAUCGCCGGUGGGCUUUUCCAGCUCCUCCUUAAUCACGACAGUCACCAGCAUGAGAAAUGUCACUAUAACGUAGCCGUGGAAAAACUCCCCAUGCUGGAAUACAAAUUAAAGUAGAAAUGCGGUCUAUUCGGCCUGGGGAAAUAAAAGACGUUUUACUGGCGUGUCCCCGCCUGUACUUAUUCAGGUUAUCGAAGUGUGUAAGGAAGGCGUCUACUUGGAAGACCACCUUCCUCAUUGUCGUCGCAUGCUUCAUUUACUUGUUUUUCGUUGUUUCCCGACUGGGAGAAGUUGCGUCCCGGGAUAAACUUAAGUACCGGAGGAAGACGGUAGACGGCGAGUUGGAGGCGGAUCUGCGGGAGACGGCGGACUUUCGGGCGGCGCAGAAUGCGCACUUUCCCGGCGUCACCCCGACACCCAACGUGCUCUAUAUCACACUCAGAACCAAGCGUCGUAAGCCGCCACUUCUCAGGGCCACAGUGCGGCCAAAACCAAGGAAGAAAGUGGCUGUGAUUGACAACCACAUCCAGCACGAUGCGCUCAACGCAUUUGACAAAACCAAAGGUAAAUGGAAACCAAGAACCGCCCCGGACAACGAGAUACAUAUUAUACCGGGAACAAACAUCCACUAUACACUGAAGAACAUUGGACAUGGAGACAGUCCUAAGGGGCCGCAGUAUAGCUAUAUCAGGAUAUACAGCGAGAGAGCGCCGCCUUGGUUCAGUAGGGAAGACAUCCAGGCGCUGCGCUUCCUCGCCGACACCAACAUCAUCCGCAUGAAGGAGGUUUCAUCCGCCGCUUAUGGGCGCUUGGUGCUGUUUGAAGGCGCCACAGGUGGCACUUUAAGGUCCCCAGAUAAAGUUGUGGGGAUCCGCGGCGGUCCCGGCUGCCAAGGGCGCUGUGGGUUGCUCAGAAGAGCCGAGGAUAUGAGCGAGGUGUUCGCCUUUCACUUAGACCGGAUCCUGGGUCUGAACCGGAGCAUCCCGACUGUCUGCCGGAAGAUCGGCGUCUCUACAGACGGUGACCAAAGCCCCGCCGUGCUGUGGGACUCCUCGCUGGCCCCCACAGACGGCGAGUCCCACUCGUCUAUCAAGCUUACCUGGGGGGCGUAUCAGCGCUCACUCAAGCAGAAGUGCUGGCAGAGGGGGGUCACGCCCAGAGCGGGCUGGGGGUGCCCCAGCAUCCAUCACCACGAAUGGAGCAAACUCGCCCUUUUCGACUUCCUGUUACAGAUCUAUAACCGGCUGGACAGAAACUGCUGCGGGUUCAAACCGCACCAGGGGGAUCGGUGCGUGCGGCUCGGUCGUCACCUGCAGUGUGCUGAGCAGGACAGCAUCCGCUUGGCGCACAUCGUCCACAGAAUGCACGACCCCAGGCAUUUAGUCUUCAUCGACAACGAAGGAUAUUUUGACCGAAACGAAGACAAUCUGGAUUUUAAGCUAUUGGACGGAAUAACAGAAACCAUUGUUCACGUGUCCCUGUGUGCAUGAGAAUGCAGCAUCAUGACCAGCAGUAUCACGCCAGAGCUGCCAGCAAGAUCCGAGCUGCAUCCAAGAAUCUUACAAAUGUUCCCCAUGUGAUAAAUAAAUCAAGGCCUAGCGGAGUGUGGGAAAAGGAUUAUGGGAAUUUGGAUUGUUAGCUAGAAUGUUCCCUGCCUCAGCCGCUAACAUGUCCAGCUGUCUUAAUCAAGGCCACAUGUGCUUUAGAUUUGAUUCGGAGUUUCUUAUUUUACCGCCACAACAACUUUCAUUAUUUUACAUAUUUUAGCACAAAGACAUGCAUGUGAACUGUAUUCUCUAUUAAUUCUCAUGUUUUCCACUGUGUGCUAAUGAAUGAAAACCUUUAAAAAUACAUUUACUUGUGCAGAGAUCAUUUCUGAGCUGUUCAACAGCUUUAAAUCACAUUUUCAGACAUCAGCUAUACCGGAAAGACUUCCUGCCUGACAUUAAUGAUCUAUAGAACAAAACGCUAAUCAGAAAUAGUUCUGAGUUAGCGCCAGAGAUUAAUAUUUCACUUUUAUUAAUAUUUUGAAAGGGGGAUAUUAAGGAAAGUUUAUAUAUUCGUAUUUAAAAUAUAUAACAGUACACCACACUUAAUAUACUAUACACUUGGUAAGGCUAAAUAUUUAUAAAUUACUAUGAAACCACAAAAUGUCCAUGUAUUGCUUUCUGUUAGUUUCUUCGUAGCCUGCGUGUGUUUGGGCUGUAGGAACGGUCAGGAAGCACAUGCUGUCAGUGUCAUUUUGUUAAAUGUGAGUGACGGUUCACUGUGAGACACCAUUCCUGGUCAGGUUACCGGAGCGGGCCGUGAGCGUGCUGCGGGGCCAGCGUCUACGCCAGAGGCUGCUCCAGUCUCUGUUCCUGGAUCAGCGGUACUGGGAGAGCCAGGGAGGCCGGCACGGCAUCGAGAAGCUCAUCGACGUGAUCGAGAGAC